GGCCGAGAGGCGCUAGUGAACAUAUCUUGAGAUUGAAAUAUAUAUUUUAAAUAAGAAUUAAAUAGUACUUAAAUCGUUGAAAUGAAGCCCGUUGCCUUGAUUCUGGUUUUCCUGGCUUUAAGCCAAGGCAGAGUGCUCAACUUACCCAAGGAGGCGGUUGAUAUUCCCGUGGCCAUUAUCGAGGACAAGGAGUCGCCAGUGGCCUUACCUCUGGUGAAGGAGGAGCCCAAGCCAGAGGAGCAGCAGCCCAUCAUUCCCGAGGAGAAGGCCAAGGUACUGAAGGAGGAAAUUAAACCCGAGAUCAAGGAGGAGAUCAAGCCAGAAAUCAAAGAGGAGGUUAAGCCUGAAAUCAAAGAAAACAAAGAGAAGAUCAAGGAGCAGAUUGAGGAGCAGAUUAAGCAGCAGAUCAGCGAGAAGCUAAAGGAGAAAUCCCUGGAUGUCAAGGAGCAACCUCAGGAAAUCAAGGAGGAAGUCAAACAGGAGAUCCCUGAGAUCAAGGAGGAAAUCAAACCAGCGGAGGAACCUGUUAAAAAGGAUCUGAAGAACCUGCCAGCCGAGGAAGCAGUUGCUGUGCCCGCCGAGGAACCAAAUCCGUUGGAUCAGGAGCAGCCGGAGAACCAGGAUGGAGUCCAACCCCAGGUGCGCCAGGCCACCCAGGCCACGCCCACCCAGCAGAGCACCACGCAGGGCAACUUCGUGCAGCAGUUGAUCCAGAACUCCCCGAUCGGCCAGUUCCUCAACCAGUUCCAGCCGCAGCCAGCCAACCAGCCAGCUCCCGCCGCCAAUCCCGCUGCACCUGCUCAGGCCCAAGCCGAUGACGCCGCUGCCGAGGCUCCGGCCACGCCGGCUCCCACGGUUCCCGGCUUCCUCAAUCCCCAGGCGGCCAUCACCUCCGCCCAGCAGGCCGUCCAGAAUGCCGCCCAGACCGCCGUGAACGCCACCACGCAGGCCUUCCAGGGCAUCCAGCAGUUCGCCAGCAACCUGGGCAACCAGUUCCAGAACACCCUCUCCAGCCUGACCGGCCAGCAGCAGCAGCAGCAGGCGGUGUCCACCACCCCGCGUCCGCCCGGUCCCAUCCAGCAGUUCGUGAGCAACGUCUUCGGGGGCAACAACAACGCCACGGCCGCUGCUCCCGCCGCCCAGCAGAGCGGCAAUCCCCUCCAGGGAAUCAUCAACUUCCUGGGCGGCAAUCGCCCGCAGAACGCCCCCGCUGCUCCGGCCACGGAGAAGCCCGCCGUGGACGACAAGAUCGAUCCCGCCAAGGACGAGGUCGCCGAGUUCGUUCCCGAAUCCGAGAACGAGGUGCGCACGAGCGGCGAGAUCGUGGACGACUCCUUCGAGGAGGCCGGCGUUCCGGCCAACGAGGUCAUCGUGGUCAACGACGAUGCCGGCGAGGCUGGAGAAGUGGUUGAUCCCGUCCAGAACCAGCCAGUGGCCACCGAUGCAGUGGCUCUCUAAGAGGUUCCCAUCUGGAAGAUAACUUACAAACCGACUGAUUUUUCGUCCACUCUUUCCGAUUUCCAUUGAAAGCGAGGGAGUGGAUCGGAAAAUGCUUCUUUAGUUUUCUAAGUGCAUGCACCGCAACAAAUUAUUUAUUUCAUACUCAGCCCAGGAAUUUAUCUAUAAAAUGAGAGAACACAAAUCAUUAAAUAAAAGAAGUAACUUUA